AUGUGGCAACAACUGGUAUAUAUCGCUGCUGUUUCUCUCAGUGUGGUGCAUGGUCAAGUCAGUUAUUCUGUUCCAGAGGAGAUGACAACAGGCUAUGUGGUUGGAAAUAUCGCACAAGAUUUGGGUUUGGAUUUACAGAGACUGAAGUCGGGGAAAGCCCGUAUUUACACUGGAGAUAGCAUGGAAUACCUUCAACUGAACAAAGAGAAAGGACUGCUUGAAAUCAAAGAGAAAAUAGACCGUGAAGUGCUAUGCGCAAAAACGACUCCUUGCGCGUUGCAUCUCCAGAUGAUUCUAGAUAAUCCAAUGGAACUGUACACGAUAACUGUUGAAAUAGUGGAUGUCAAUGACAAUGCUCCUAGUUUCCAGAAGGAAGAGAUCACAUUUGAAAUAAGUGAAUCAGCUGUUACUGGAGCAGUAUUCAUGUUGGAAAAUGCAAAUGAUCGAGACGUUGGUAUUAAUGAUCUUCGAAGUUAUUCGCUUAAACCAACGGAUCAUUUCGUUUUAAAACAACACAGUCAAACAGACGGCGAUAAAAAUGUGGAGAUGGUGUUACAAAAAUCACUCGAUCGAGAAAAACAGGACCGUCUGUCUUUGUUGCUAACGGCCGUGGAUGGUGGCGAGCCACAGAUGUCUGGCACUGUUCAGAUAUAUAUUAACGUGCUAGAUGUUAAUGAUAAUGCUCCAGUUUUUCAACAGAAAACGUACAAAGCCACAAUAACAGAAAACGCACAAAAGGGAUCUAUAUUAAUCACAGUGAGCGCUACCGAUGCAGAUCAAGGCUCUAACGGUGAGAUAACAUAUUAUAUCUCAAAUAUAAAGGAUACUAUGACCGAUGUUUUCAUUAUUGAUCCACAUAGCGGUGAUGUGACUCUAAAUGGUCAACUUGAUUAUGAAACAGCCAGUCAUUACCAACUUAAUAUUCAAGCCAAAGACCACGGGGGACUGUCGGACUCUUGUAAGUUAAUCAUUGACGUAUUAGACAUAAACGACAACAAACCCAUAAUAAAUAUACUUUCUAUGUCCAGUUCCAUUUCUGAGGAGUCUAAAAUUGACACAAUUGUCGGAAUGAUUAAUGUAAAUGACCCAGAUUCUGGUGCAAACGGUCAAGUACAUUGUGUCAUCGAUGACCAAAUUCCUUUUUCCAUCACCUCCUCGUCAAACAGACCUAAUUUUUUCAGCCUGAAAACCCAACAGGAGCUUGACAGAGAACAGACUGCAGAGUAUAACAUCAGUGUAACUUGCGCUGAUAAUGGAGAUCCUCCGUUUUCCAGCAGUGUCUCGCUGAGAAUAAAGAUAUCAGAUAUAAAUGAUAACACGCCGAUCUUUGAAAGAAACUUCUAUGAGGCCUAUGUUGUUGAGAACAAUACACCAGGUCAUUCUAUAUUUUCUGUUAAAGCUAGAGAUGCUGACUGGAACCAAAAUGCUCGGGUUUCUUAUAUACUGGAGGAGGGCACUGUUAAUGGCGUGUCAGUCUCAUCAUACGUGUCUGUUAAUGCUGAUAGUGGAGUCGUCAAUGCAUUGCGUUCUUUUGACUAUGAACAGUUAAAAGGUCUCCAUUUUUGCGUAAAAGCACAGGACGGCGGCUCGCCUCCUCUCAGUAGUAAUGUUACAGUGAAAAUUAUUAUCCAGGACCAGAACGACAACGCCCCACAGAUUCUUUACCCAGUACAAACUGGUGGCUCUGUGGUGGCUGAAAUGGUGCCUCGUUCAGCAGAUGUUGGCUACCUUGUCACUAAAGUUGUGGCUGUUGAUGUGGACUCUGGACAGAAUGCCUGGCUCUCUUAUAAACUACAGAAAUCCACAGACAGGGCUCUGUUUGAAGUUGGAGCACAGAAUGGAGAAAUCAGAACAGUUCGUCAGGUCACUGAUACAGACGCUGUGAAACACAGACUCACUGUUGUGGUGGAAGAUAAUGGACAACCCUCUCGUUCAGCUACAGUAACUGUCAAUGUUGCUGUUGCGGACAGUUUUCCUGAAGUGCUCUCAGAAUUUAACAACUCAAAUCAUGAUAUGAAAUACAACGACAAUCUGACUUUUUACUUAAUCUUGGCUCUGGCUGUGGUUUCAGUACUCUUUAUCUUCGCAAUAAUUGCUAUAAUUUCACUCAAAAUCUACAGAUGGAAGCAAGCAAGACAGUUUUAUAAAUCAGCAGCUAAUCUUCCAGUGAUUCCAUACUACCCACCUGUGUACGCUGAUGGCACUUUACAGCAUGUGUAUAAUUAUGAGAUGUGUGGAACAACUGAUUCGAGGAUGAGUGACAUCAAGUUUGUCAGGCCUUAUAGUCAGAACACAAUGAUGCACGUGAGUCGAGCAGGAACUCUGCGAAGAGAAAAUGAAGAACAGGAGAAGAAUGCUGAUUUGUCUUUAGAGGUGAGAUUUUUUAAUAUCUUGUUUGCUGGAUAA